UUUGUAUAGCAGCUGUGGAAAUGGCCGCUGAAGUGAAUUUAUUGCAAGACGCGAUUCUUGUUAAGGCGUUGGAGGAUUUUGUUAUAGCUGGAAGAGAGCUAUUAAUAAAGGCCGUUAAAGAAAGACAGGAGGGCUCUAUUCAGGAAUUCAUCUCGAAGAAAAUUGGCUCUUUGCUUGGAUUUACUGUUGCAGCUGCCGACUUUCUGAACAGAUUGUCAGUCAAGAAAAGGAAAGACGCUGAAGAAGUGUGGAAGAAGUUCUAUCACUGCUCAGAUGUGCGGGAUCAUGUUGAAGAUUUUCUCCAACUGGAACCAAUGCAAAUGACAAAGCACUUUCCGCAAGAGAUUCAACAAAAUGAGAUUCAUGCAACUACAAAGGUAGACUGGGAUGAGUUUUUAAAAGGCCUGGACAAGGAGCUGAAUCUAUGUGAGAGAUUCCCUUGCCAGGUUCCUCUGGGUGGAUAUUUGUCAGGAGAGGUGACACUGACAGAUGCGAAAAGUGGCCAGUCUGUCUCCCUGGGCAGUUACUUUGGCAAAGAUAAAAGCCUCCUCCUGGUUCUUCUGAGGCACUUUGCCUGACUCCCCUGACGAGAUCACAUGGCAGAGUUGGAGUCCAAUCAGGGUCUCUUGGACGCUCUGUCUGUACGAGUGUUGGUGAUCUCGUUUGGUUGUUGUGAGGGGGCUCGGUACUGGCUUGAGGAAACAGGCUGCAAAUAUGACAUGCUGUUGGACCCAGAGCGCAGGAUUUACAAUGCAUUUGGCUUGGGAUCAUCUGUUUACAAGGUUUGGAGCUUCAGCAGCCUGUUUCUCUAUGCUGAAUACAAGGUGUCAAACUGUCAGUUUCUUCAAACUCCUGCAAAUGUUGUAAAUGACAUCUAUCAGUUUGGUGGAGAUUUUGUCUUGGAUGACGAUGGCAAAGUGAUUUACUUUCAUCCCAGCAAGACUCCCGCAGACCGGCCUACAGUGACAGCAUUGCUAACGGCCAUCAGUGAAGCCAGCCCGGGUCACACUUAAGAUUCUGAGGCAUAGGAGGCUGGUGCAACAGAGAAGUAGCCUUGAGCUUGUAUAAAUGAAAACAGUGCUUGAACUCAUGUCUUCAUGAAGAGCUCUGUAUGAUGAGCAUGAACAAGCUAGGGCAAAAUGUUAUUAAUGACUGGUCAUGAAAAAACUUUUCACUACAUUUUUCAUCUUCACUUUUUAUUGAACUGUAAUGCAAGAAAUACCAGAAAAGUCGCUGGAGUGUGACAAGCUUAACUUGCAUCGGCUGACAGACAAGAUUUUUUUCCAUUUGCUUUCCAUUACUAGCAUUUUGACAUGGAAAAAAUGGAAUGCACUGAAGGAAACUGUACAUUGGGUUCAAGUCUUCAUAUGUGUUGUCAGUACUGCUUAUUAAAGUUUUAUGUGACAUCAA